CCGCCGUGCCUCCUAUGAUGAUGGACCGACACCACUACCUGACUACUCUCCUCCCUUCUGCCUCCAUCGACUCUCGUUUCUGUCUCUGUCUCUGUCCCUUUGCGGCUGCCGGCGUCGUGAUGCAUCUGCCUCUGCUGCUGCUCCUCCGCUCCCUCUAGUCGCAAUUGCUGCGGCGCCUCCCCAUACACUCGUUCGACCAGGCCUGCCUUCAUCACCUGGACCUAGCCUCGAAGGAGGUGCCUGCUGGCGUCGACGGUUAAGAUAAUAGCUGCUGUACCACUCACUCACUCCGCAUGCCUUCCCAUCGUCCGCUUCGUUGUUGUCGUUCCCUCCUCACCUUUGCCCUCUCCUCCCGGCAUGGCAACGCCUCCUGAGCGGCCUUGGACUACCCACGAAAAAAACUCUUUAAUGGCCGAGAUCAUCAAAACGGCCAAUCCGCCCGUUAAUGUGUUGUUUAGCGUUAUUCAAAGCUUGCAACUGCAACCUCGAUGGGACGAUAUCCCACUACCGCCAGGACGCUCACUGAACUCGUGUCGUCUCGCCUAUGAUGAUGUGCGAAGAUCACUUUCCGCGCCCAUGGGAGCAUCCUUGGCUCCAUUGAACCCCACCCCCAUGACUGCCAUGACUGGCUCCAUAUCCACCACCCUCAAAAGGCCUUUCCCGUACGAGAGUGCAUGGCUUGGAAGUUCGACUGCCGGUCCCACAGGAGGUCUAACUGGUCGUGAAAUCAGACCAAAGCCGUCGAAUCCCAGCGCUGUGCCGAUCCAGCCAUCACCCACGGACCAACCGACUAAGAAGAAACGUGGUCGUCCUACGAAAGCAGAGGCGUUGGCCAAAGCGGAAGCAGCCGCCGCCUCCGUGCCGGCCUUUGGAGAGCCAGGUCCAGUAUCAAUGUCACGCCCAGCAUCGCAGAGUACACCUCAGCCUCCGCCUCAGCCUCCGCCUCAACCAAUGACUACCAUGCUAUCGACUGCACGCACAGAUGAGCCCAAACCGGGACUUCCACCUAGCCUUCCGCCGGUCACGAGGAUGCCCAUCGCAGCCAUGCUCACUCCCACUGCCGGCGAGCCUCAUGGCGGCAGUCUCGCUCAUGCACGCCCUUCAUCUGGUCGAAGGAGACGUGCGCGGUCAACCAAGUCAGAGCAGGAAGAAGGUGAAUCGCCGCCUGGUCGUGGCAAUGAGACUGGAGCCGACUACGAGUCGCCUUACGCUCGGCCUGAUGCUCCAGAGACCCCAGUGAAGACCGCAGUGCUUCGUAAUCGCGGCGAAGAAGAAGAAGAACAAGACAUCCCUCGAGCCUUACCGAUGCCGGGUCUGGCCCACGACACCUCAGAUCCAAGGCUGUCCUCGGACACGGAGCAGCAGCAAUGAAGCAACAUAAUAUCGACGAAUCCUUUCGAAACGCCAACAAUAGAAAUCCACAACGCUACCACGGCCGACAUUCCCUUAUUUACUUCCUGUGUAUAGCCUGUCUUUUUUUUUAUUUCCUGGCACCUAUCAUUCCACGACGUGGCCACGAGCGUUGUUUUCACAUGACAUGUAAGUGUCGCCUCGAUCGAUACGAGGUACCUACCUAUGGGGCACGAUUUCAAAUGGGGGGUGGAUUCUUCGAUGUAUGAUAUAAGAGAUGUAUUACCUCACGGUUGGCAUGUGAGACGGUUUCAUGGCCCUGAAACGACAAAUAUAUUCUAGUAGCAAUUAUGUUUAAACUAUUA